CUCUGAUUUUGUUUGUUCUUCAUAAAGAAAAAAAAAAGAAACUUUUUCUUUCACCAAACAAUUAGUCUCUGUCCCAAAUCUUUUCCUCUACCUCUAGAUUUCUGGCCUUUUUUGCAUUUAUAGUGGAUUCCAUAAUAACAAAUUCUAUUACAAGACAUUGAUCAAAACCAGAGAUAGGGAGAGAGAAAGAGAGAGAGACGUAACUCUUUUUACAUAAAUUUCUGAGCUUUUUUUUUUCUCUCUCCUGAGAAAAACCGGUGAUCAUCGUCUAUGGCAAAAAGAUUGUAGCUUUCUUCAAAUCUACAGAGAGAGAGAGAGAUGGGAGGUUGCGUGUCGACGCCGAAAAGCUGUGUGGGAUCGAAGCUGAAGUCAAGCAAGCCAAGGAAGAGUCGUAAAAGACGAAAGCUUCAUAGGAAGAGAGCAGCCGCCACCGCCGCCGCCUCUUCUCGUCUCUCCGACGGAUCUUUUGACAAUCUCGAUCAUCCUCGUACCAACUUGCCCACUCCCAAUUUCAGAGGAAGUGGAGAAGAAGCAUGGUUUGAGUCAAAUGCCGCAUUUGAAACAGAUUGUGACGAUGAUUUCCACAGCGUCAACGAAGAUGCUUUGUCUUUAGGCGGAGGUGAGCGUGUAUCAGUCUCGAGUAGUAUGACCACAUCAUCAACAGAAGGAGAUUCUGACUCAAACGAAGCCAAUUCGCAGUCAGAGAGUGGCUUGAACGACACAAAGCAGCAGCCUGAUUCCAUAGAUUCAUCUGCAGAUGAAGGAGGAGGAGGAGGAGGAGGGCUCUUGGAGAAUUGCAGGAUCUUGCCGAGUAACUGUUUGCCUUGUCUGAAUCCAAUAUCUGUUGUUCCUUGUGUUGAUAAAAGAAGGGCUCUUAGCUCUAGCCCUCCAAGUUCUAGGAAAAAAGCUUCUCUUAGACUAUCUUACAAAUGGAGAGAAGGUCAUGCUUCAGGGGCCUUGUUUCUUUCUAAAAUGCAGUUGAAGAGACCAAUAGCUGGUUCUCAGGUUCCUUUCUGUCCAGUUGACAAGAAAAUGCUUGAUUGUUGGUCUACUAUUGAGCCAAAUAGCUUCCGUGUUCGUGGCAAAACUUAUUUAAGAGAAAAGAAGAAAGAGUUUGCGCCUAGUCAUGCUGCGUAUAAUCCUUUUGGUGUCGAUGUUUUCUUGUCAGAACGUAAAAUAAGCCAUGUCGCACAAUAUGUGAAGCUUCCUGUUACUACCACAUCCACAAAACUCCCAUCUAUUCUUAUCGUAAAUGUUCAGAUUCCGUUGUAUCCAACUACAAUCUUUCAAGGUGAAACUGAUGGAGAAGGAAUGAAUAUUGUUUUAUACUUCAAACUUUCUGAUAAUUAUGAAAAGGAACUCCCGCUUCAUUUUCAAGAAAGUAUUCAGAGAUUAAUAGAUGAUGAGGUUGAGAAAGUUAAAGGAUUCCCUAUGGAUACAACCGCAUCUUUCAGAGAACGGCUAAAGAUAUUGGGACGUGUUGCAAACGUAGAUGAUCUCCAUUUGAGUGGUCCAGAGAAGAAGCUGAUGCAGGCUUACAAUGAGAAGCCUGUUCUCUCCCGUCCACAGCACGAGUUCUACACGGGUGAGAAUUACUUUGAGGUUGAUAUAGAUAUGCAUAGAUUCAGUUACAUAUCUCGGAAAGGGUUUGAAGCAUUCAUAGACAGACUCAAGAUCUGUGUUCUUGAUGUUGGCCUCACAAUCCAGGGGAACAAACCAGAGGAGUUACCAGAACAGAUUCUGUGUUGUGUGAGGCUAAAUGGGAUUGAUUUCAUGAACUAUCAUCAAUUAACUCAAGAACACUCCUAUGACUAAUAAUAAUAGUCCAUUCUUUCUUUUCCUUGUAAAAGAAGAAACAAAAAAAAAAAGCAUCCCUUUAGAACCCUAACAAAAAGGGUGAUGAUUUUCAAGUGAAUAUAUAAAAAUUUCAAAUCUCUUAAUUAUCCAACAUAUGUUAAGUCUUCAUUUUAUAUUUCUACCCUUUGAGGAUGGAUGCAUUAUUUGG